AUGGAGUUCCCAUCCCCAGUCAAGACCUUCCAUGACGACACCUAUCCAUCAAUCAACCCAACUUUAUCACAGCUUUCCACCAAAGGCAAGAACAUCGUCAUCUCAGGCGGUGGAUCAGGCAUUGGACCCGGAAUAGCACAUUCAUUCGCGAAGUCUGGCGCCUCCAGCAUCUCCAUCUUCGGGCGAACCCAAAAAUCGCUUCUCCAAACCAAAGAGGCCCUCUCAAAAGACUACCCAAACACCAAAAUCUACACCUACGUCGCAGACAUCACAGAAAAGAGCACACUCGACACCACUUUCCAAGCGGUCAAGUCCACCGUCGGUUCAGUCGACGUUUUGAUAGCCAACGCAGGUUACAUACCAGACCUGCACUCCAUCGCCGCCUCUAACGCAGACAACUGGUGGGCCGGCUUCGAGAUCAACGUUCGCGGCGCGUUCAACCUGAUCUCCUCCUUCGUACCGGUUGCGUCCAAAAACGCCUCAAUAAUAAACAUCAGCACGGCAGUCGCUCACAUGCCCUACGCACCAGGAUUUUGCGGCUACGCAGUCUCAAAGCUUGCCGGGACACGGGUUUUCGAUUAUGCUGCGCACGAGUACCCGGAGUUCUUUGUGCUGAGCGUGCAUCCGGGCGUUAUUGAGACUGCUAUGAAUGCGAAAGUGGUGGCGGCGGGCAUGAAUUACCCGCAUGAUACGAUUGAGCUACCGGCAGACUUUGAGGUUUGGGCUGUGAGUCUCGAGGCGAACUUCCUGCGGGGAAAGCUGGUGUGGUCUAAUUGGGAUGUUGAUGAGUUGAAGGCAAUGGAGAAGGAGAUUGAGGGGACCGACAAGUUUACGCUCGGGCUGUUUGGGUGGCCGUAGUCUGGACGCCUUGCUCCUUAGCUAAGUGUCUGGAUCUUGGUUCGAGAGGAGUGAUUUUCAAGUGAAAUGCUACAGAAAGUCUAGGCAGAAUC